UUCCGGUCCGUAUCGUACCGUACCGUAUCGUACCGUACCGUACCGUACCGCUCCGCUCCUUUUUGGCCCCGCACUAAGAUGUCAAAGCCCGGCCGAGGUUGACAGGUUUGACCGCCGUGACUCCAGGCUCGUGGUGAUAUUUACAUAUAUAACUGAAGCACCGCCUCCCUCCCAUUGGACGAUACCUCCGCGAGGGGCGUGGCCGGGAGAGAGGAGAGUUCCCAGAGUCCCAUGCCCCUACUGGGAAAGACAUGGAGCGCCAUGGACGCGGUCUACACGGACCUGGAGGGAACCUCCGCUGAAGACGUCGGUAUCUGUCCGCUCAGGGAACCGACCGGCGGCGGGGUCGGGGUCGCGGCCCGGGCGAGGAUGGAGAGUUCACUGGACGCGCAGAACCUGAUCUCCAUUUCUCUGAGGAAGAUCCAGAGCUCCAGGACGCAGCGAGGAGGCAUCAAGCUCCACAAGAACUUGCUGGUGACCUACGUGCUGAGGAGCGCCCGGCAGCUGUACGUCAGCGGGAACUUGUCGCAGACGCCGCCGCAGACGCCGCGUCCGCGCGAGGAUGCGACCGCGGGACUGAGCGGCAGCUUGACGGAGUUGGCCCACGACUUGUACAACUUUCCCGGGCUGGAGUCGGACACUUGGCAGCACCAGCAGCAGCAGCAGGCGCCAGAGGAGCAACAAGCCCCCCCCGGGGCCGACUCCGAGCUCACGGUGCCGGGCGUCCUCUGGUGGGACUCGAACACGCAGAGCAACCAGAAGACCGUCCUGGACCUGGACACGCACGUCGUGACCACGGUCACCGCCGGCCACUUCCUCCCGGACUGUUGCGCGCACGGACGGGGCGGCAAGAAGCGCAGGACGGACGCGAGUGAGCCCGUCGGUGAGCCGUCGGACUUCGGGUCGGUGCCGCGUAAGAGGCCGCGGACCGAGGAGGGCUGCGAACACUUGGACGGCACCGACGUCUCCCACUUGAUGUCGGUGCUGGGCUCCAGCGGACUCUCCGAGUUUGUCAGUUGGCAGCAGACGGACCUGGAGCAGAUACGGACCGUUCAAAGCAUCAGUUUACGACACUCGGGGUUGACGUACGGCAGCUGGACCCGAGCCAUCGAAGCCUUUUGAUUCACUUCCUUUGUACCUUUGUUUGUUUGGUUUUGUUUUGUUUUGUUUGUUUUCAGAAAAUAAACCAGCGCAACUGCAGUUUUUUUUCUACCCCCGCCGCGUCAGUGACUCAGCUCACAGACCGUCCGUGAUCACGGGUCAGUUGAACGGAGUAAACCGCUUGUUCCGUCCGUCUGUUUCCACUCUCUGACUCCGUUCCUCUGCGUCGGUGUCUGAAGAGCUCCACCAUGUGGCUGUAGCGGAGAGGUGCAGCCACCGACAACAGACCAAAAAAACAGAACACGAGUCUGUGUGACGUGUUAUUUCUAACAUGAUCUGCUUUGAUCGAUCAAUAAAAAAAUGAAAUAAACGAUUCACAACGAACACGAUACGGUGUUGACUGUACCGCGAUUCGAGACGACGAUAAGAAAAAAAAAAGGUUCGAUGUCUGUGACGCUGUAGUCGUUUACAGAUGGAAGUUUGAAAAGUUGAUUUUUUUUU